UCUUUUCCUGGGAAACCCUUGAACCCUUUCUCCCCGCCGUCUCCUCCCCUCCCCUCCCCACCCCACCCCCACUGCCCACGCGAGCGGCGGCGAUGGCCAAGAAGCUCGGGAAGAAGGCCCGCAAGUUCGCCCACAAGCACCUCCAGGGCGGUGCCAAGCGCAGCCGCAAGCUCCGCUCCCAGUUCAACCGCCGCACCCGCAAAGAUGGGAAGGGCCGGGAGGACGACAACCGCCUGGACGGCGACGGCGGCAGCGAGGAGACCCGCCGCAACGACCCCACCAUGAACAUGAACGAUGAUGUAGCUACUUUGGCUAACUGUUUAGAGUUUCCAGAAGAUGAGAAUGAAUUAGAUGGGGAUCUAUCCGACAGUGAUGGCUAUCUUUCAGAGGAUCUUGAGUGUGUGUACUACUCUGACAGUGAUGAUGAUAAUGUUAUGAAAGAGUGUAUUGUACAAGAUGAUCUCGACGAACAGAACAAUGAGAUGCGCUUGGCUGUAAAAAAGCAAAAGAAAAAGUUGAAGAAGUUGUUGGAUAAGGACCCUAAGUUUGCAAACUUCCUUGAGAAAUGGCAAUUGGAAUUGGUGAACUAUGAAAGUAAAGAAGAUUCAGAUGAACAAGAUGAGAUGGAUUCUGUGGACAACGGGGUCAAUUCUGGUGAUAAAGAUCCUCCAAGUGAUAAGAUCCUUACAAGCAAGACAAUAAGUGAAUGGUGUCAACUAGUCUUAGAUGAACCUAAAGCACCUGCUCUGCGUAACCUACUAAAUGCUUUCCGGGAUGCAUGUCAAUUUGGUCUGAAUUCAAAUAGCCUUUCCAUGCAGAGACUUCAAAGUACCGAAGUAUUUUAUCAGAUAAUAUCAUUUGUUCUUUCUAAGGCAGACAAUAUUUUCCGUGCUCUCUUAGAAAUUUCUGAUGAUGACAAGGGGAAACUUAUGAAUCAGAGAAAUGGAAAGAAAUGGCAAGAUAUUGAGCCGCUCAUAAAGUCUUACUUGCGGAAUUCUCUUGAUCUGAUUAGUCAACUUACUGAUAACCAAAUACUUACCUAUGUCUUGACUCGGCUUAGAACAUCUGCGGUAUAUUUUUCUGCGUAUCCCUCAACAUCAAGGAGGCUUCUCAAGAUCUUAAUUCGCUUGUGGGCAAGUGGUGAUCAGAACUUGUCCCUGUCUUCGUUUCUUAUGAUUCGAGAAGUGGUUUCACUCUUACCUGACUGUCUGGAUUUCUGCUUAACUAAAACAUAUAAUGCAUACCUUUCUAGUUCCAAGAUUGUGGACAACAGAAAUAUAGAAAAUAUCGAUUUUAUUCUGAACUGUCUGGUGGAACUUUAUUCUCUGGAUAUUCAGAAAGCAGGUGAAAGGGCAGUAAUUUCUGUGGGACAAUUGAGUGCUAUUCUUAGACAGGCGUCUAAAACAAAGGGAAAGGAAGAUCUUUUGAAGAUAGAUAACUGGCAGUAUAUAAACUGCAUAAACCUAUGGGUUAGGUUUAUUUGUGUUAAUUACAAGGAUUGCCACAACCUCCAUCUAUUAUUCUCUUCAGUUGUUCAGAUAAUAAGGGGGGUGGCUCAUUUAUUGCCAGGCAUGCGAUACUUACCACUGAGACUGAAGCUUGCGCACAUGCUAAAUGAGCUUUCGAAUUGCAGUCAGAUGUUCUUUCCAGUUCCAUCGUUGAUAUUUGGGUCCCUAGAAUUUAGGGAGAUCCCUCCGAAAGAGCAAACAGAAAAAGGAAAGACCCACUUUUCGUCACUACUGAAGGUGCCAAGGAACAUGCUGAAAUCAAGAGAUUUCCAAGAGCAGUGCGUUCUUUCAGCAAUCGAGGUUCUAUCGGCACAUUUUUUCCAGUGGAGCUAUCAUGUUUCUUUUCCAGAAGUAGCCACCAUUCCGCUCAUCCUCUUGAAAAGAUUGCAAGAGCAGACAACGAUUGAGUCCCUCCGCCGUCCUCUUAAACGAAUGAUAGACCAGGUGAGCGAGAACAGGGAUUUUGUGCAAAGGAAGAGGGAGGUGGUCUCUUUCUCCAGUGAUCAACACAUAGUAAGAGGAGCAUGAUGCAAGUAUCUUUAAUAUGUUGUGACUGCAGAUGGAGCCGCCACCGUGGAGACCCUUCGGGCGGAACUUGCCCGAGCCAAGGAACAAGCCAGGAAUAGUGAUGUGGCCGCUCUAAAGGCGGUCGAAGAGCUGAGGGCCGAACAGGCUGCACAUUGCCAAAGCAAGGAAAGAAUAGCCAAGAUGGCUGUUGAGUUGAAAGAUGCCACCGACCGUUAUCAGCUCCUUGAAAAAGAAAGUCGGGCAAAGGUGGCGGACCUAGAGAAGGCCAUGGUAGCAGCCAAGGAAGCCCGCUCUAAAAUCAGAGCGGCGAAGGAGGAGCUGCGUCAAGCUGGGGAUAUCGCGGCUGGGAAGCCUUUUUUGUUGCGAACAAUGUUCGGAGAUCUGAAGUAUGCCCCUCUUGAUCAACUAUGGAGUUCCGCAGACGCAUAUGUGGAUUUGGCAGCUAGUGUGCUGAUGCGGCCGAGUACUUCAUGGAUCAAAAUAUCGUGAAGUGGAAAAGUUGUUCUGGUGACAGUUCCAUGUUCUAGUGCGUCCGUUGUUGCUAAAUGAGCGAAUGAACAAAUGGGCCGAUCUGCAUAGGUUGUCCGGGCUUGCCAUGAGGUCUGUUGUGGAUCAUCUGUGGCCGGAAGGGCCAAGGCCGAAUAGAUAUUUUAGUUUAGUGCAACAGUUCCUUGGUGUUGUGCCGCACAUCGACGCUAUGAAGAGGUCGGCGCGCAUAGAUGGUGCGCGUAUGGCACUUGCCCGUGUCAAGACAUACUGGGCAGAGAUGGAGGCCACCACCAUUGCAACCCAGAGUUUGGCCGUAGGCCGAGUAUCUGCCGAGCACUACUUUGAAGAAGUCCUUGAAGGCACUCGUUCAAUAGAGGCUCAGUGCUCG